UUAAAAUCAGGCUCUUUUUGUCUUUUAAUUGCCGUCUCGAGACCCAACUCCGAUGUGUUCCGUUACCAGCGACCGGCAGCCUGCCAUCGCAGCCCCUGUCUGGGUGGGGAUCGGAGACAAGUCCCCUGCAGCAACAGCAGGCAAGGUUAUAUAGGAAGAGAAAGAGCCAGGCAGCGCCAGAGGGAACGAACGAGCCGAGCGAGGAAGGGAGAGCCGAGCGCAAGGAGGAGCGCACACGCACACACCCGCGCGUACCAGCUCGCGCACAGACCGGCGCGGGGACGGCUCGCAAGUCCUCAGGUUCCGCGGACGAGAUGCUGCUGCUGCUGGCCAGAUGUUUUCUGGUGGCCCUUGCUUCCUCGCUGCUGGUGUGCCCCGGACUGGCCUGUGGGCCCGGCAGGGGGUUUGGAAAGAGGCGGCACCCCAAAAAGCUGACCCCUUUAGCCUACAAGCAGUUUAUCCCCAACGUAGCCGAGAAGACCCUAGGGGCCAGCGGCCGAUAUGAAGGGAAGAUCACAAGAAACUCCGAACGAUUUAAGGAACUCACCCCCAAUUACAACCCCGACAUCAUAUUUAAGGAUGAGGAAAACACUGGAGCAGACCGGCUGAUGACUCAGAGGUGCAAAGACAAGUUAAAUGCCUUGGCCAUCUCCGUGAUGAACCAGUGGCCUGGAGUGAAGCUUCGAGUGACUGAGGGCUGGGAUGAGGACGGCCAUCAUUCAGAGGAGUCUCUACACUAUGAGGGUCGAGCAGUGGACAUCACCACGUCUGACAGGGACCGCAGCAAGUAUGGCAUGCUGGCUCGCCUGGCUGUGGAGGCAGGCUUCGACUGGGUCUACUAUGAAUCCAAAGCUCACAUCCACUGCUCUGUGAAAGCAGAGAACUCCGUGGCGGCCAAAUCUGGCGGCUGCUUCCCGGGAUCAGCCACAGUGCACCUGGAGCAGGGUGGCACCAAGUUAGUGAAGGAUCUAAGUCCCGGGGACCGCGUGCUGGCGGCUGACGACCAGGGCCGGCUGCUGUACAGCGACUUCCUCACCUUCCUGGACCGCGACGAAGGUGCCAAGAAGGUCUUCUACGUGAUCGAGACGCGGGAGCCGCGGGAGCGUCUGCUGCUCACCGCCGCGCACCUGCUCUUCGUGGCGCCGCACAACGACUCCGGGCCCACUCCGGGACCGAGCCCACUCUUCGCCAGCCGCGUGCGUCCGGGGCAGCGCGUGUACGUGGUGGCUGAACGCGGCGGGGACCGCCGGCUGCUGCCCGCCGCGGUGCACAGCGUAACGCUACGAGAGGAGGCGGCGGGUGCGUACGCGCCGCUCACGGCGCACGGCACCAUUCUCAUCAACCGGGUGCUCGCCUCGUGCUACGCAGUCAUCGAGGAGCACAGCUGGGCACACCGGGCCUUCGCGCCCUUCCGCCUGGCGCACGCGCUGCUGGCCGCGCUGGCACCCGCCCGCACGGACGGCGGGGGCGGGGGCAGCAUCCCUGCCCCGCAAUCUGUAGCGGAAGCGAGGGGCGCAGGGCCGGCUGCGGGCAUCCACUGGUACUCGCAGCUGCUGUACCACAUUGGCACCUGGCUGUUGGACAGCGAGACCCUGCAUCCCUUGGGAAUGGCAGUCAAGUCCAGCUGAAGUCCGACGGGACCGGGCAGGGGGCGUGGGGGCGGGCGGGGCGGGAAGCGACUGCCAGAUAAGCAACCGGGAAAGCGCACGGAAGGA